AUGGUGUCAGUAUUAGGUCCCAGAAAUGUUUUAGUUGUAUCCCAAGAUGAUAAAGUGCGAAUACCUCUUGGUUUAGCUGCGGCAAAUAAACAAGAUUCACCAAUCCUAAUGAGGUUAGAAUACCGAGUGAAGCUUCCAGAUCACAACUGGGUUGUUGCUGAAAGGCAUAAACUGAUUCCAUCAGUUUAUGCAAUAUUAAAUGUGGAAGAAGAUAAGUAUGAAAAUUCCAAAGCAGUAACUUAUUUAGGUCCAACAUUUAUAAGAGUCUGUAGUGGUAAACAUGACAGCAGUACUGCCUACUCACAUGGUAAAGACUUUGAUGAACUGAUGGUUGAGGAGAAAUUGCAUGAUUAUACUAAAAUAGAUGGCCAGCCUAAAUCUGUAAUAGUGAUACUAAGCGAUGGUGGUCCCAAUAAGAACCCUCGAUACAAAAAGACAAUUUAG